ACACAAAUGUGGUUAGCAGAUAUGAAAAUGCAAAAACGCAAAUGAGUGCAGUGAUAGUGUUUGAGCGACAUAUGAGUUGGUGAUUGAUUUCAAUUGCCCACUGGAAGGCUCAUUAUUCGCACCCAUUUCACUGUUACAAGAUAUCAAUCUCCGAUUAUGGACGGAUUUCAACUCUAUGAGCACUAUCGAAACAUUGGGAUGAUUUUGGCCGAGGCUGAGGCCGCGGAAAAGCACGCUCAUUUAUUCCACGAGAACCAAUACCAAGAGAUCUUGGAGAAACAAAUCAUCAAGUGUCUGGAUGCGUCGCCUCACCACCGUGUGGUGGAUUUGGGUGCGGGCUCUUGCGCUUUUGCCAGCCGACUGGCCAAGUCCAUGCACUUGAAGCAUCCCAUUUUAUGUGUGGACGAUUCUGCCGCUAUUUUGCAUUUGGAGCACGAGCGGAAGCACAUCGAAACGCUCAACAUUGACCCGGUGGAGUUCGCCCGCAAGGACCUGGCAUACGACCGCCUGUACGUCUUGGGGGCGGUCCAUCACUUUGGGGUGGACCAUUUACCAGAUAUUUUUAGUGGGAUCUUCCGACACUUGAGUGCAGACGGUAAAUUGGUGGUUGAGAAGCCCGACAAAGAGUUCAUGGACUUGCCCUUGUUCGAUAAGGCACUGGCAGAGCUCAAUAAGAUGGACAUCAUGCCCACCAAGGAUUUCAUCACACUGCUCACGAAAGCUGGAUUCAAGCACUUUAAAAUCAUCAAGUUCCGAUUCACGUUUCGAACUUCCAAAAAUUGGAUUUUCGAGAAGAUCAGAGAGCGGGCUUUUCUUUGUUUGGGCUCCUUCACACAUGAAGAGAUUGAAGAGGGCAUCCGAGAAUUGGAGAAAAAGUGGCAAGGAAUGGAUGAAAUCACGUUUACGCCCGAAAAGGACAUCAUCGUGGCCGACAAGACCGAGAACUAAUGAGCAAAAGAGCAUUUGAUACCAUUGUUCAGUUUUGCUUGGACUCGGUUUCAAUAUCCACCCACAGACGGACUUUUCGACAUUUGAAAACAUAUUUCAACUAUAUUUUGCGUCACACAUACAUAAAACGAUGACACACUUUCACAUCCAUGAUAUGACACAGAUACCUAUAUCAAGGAGCCAAUAGACCACAAAACACAUCAAAACUCUCUGGUCUCAGAAGACUUCUUCAUCCGACGUGUUCGACUGUGCGUGGAGAUCAAAAGGUUUAGAUUGACCAAUCUUCCAUCUGGUAUUACGAGUUGGCCAUGGAUGAUAUUGCCGGAAUAGGAUGUUUGGAAAGAUGAUGACCCCUCAACCAGCUCUUUGAAGGCCAAAUGAAGUCAUCAAACUUUUAGUUCCCUUUUCCCGAAAUACAUCCUCACGUUCGUUCGA